GAAAUUUUAUCACUGGAGUACGUAUAGUUUAUGCCUAUAAGUUUACGGUGUGGUGGGGUGGAAUAUGUUUCUGCGUUGGUCGAGGAUUUCCGUGAACCACAUUCGUCAUUCGCUCCGCUGCGUGGACGGUUUGUUGAUAGGGAAGGAGCUGGUCUCCAACACGCGACAAGUACGCGUACGUUUAUAUGGAACCCUAAAUUUUGUGCGAUUUUAUUAUUGAUUACAAUGGCAGCGCAAGACGAAGUCGGCAUCGGUGACUUGGUCCUCCUGGAUGAGAUUACUUUGGAGAAGGUUGUGGAUAACUUACGAAUCCGAUUCAAUGGCGGUAAGAUUUACACGUAUAUCGGAGAAGUUUGUGUCAGUAUAAAUCCGUACAGAAGCAUAAACAUAUACAAUAAUGACUACAUUAACAAGUAUAAAGACAGAGAAUUAUUUGAGAAUCCACCACACAUAUUUGCAAUUGCUGACGCGGUGCAUAAAGAAAUGAAACAACAACGUCGUGACACUUGCAUAGUAAUCAGCGGAGAAUCGGGAUCUGGUAAGACUGAAGCGAGUAAAAUUAUUAUGAAAUACAUUGCCGCAGUCACCAAUUUAACCGGUCAACAAGAGAUAGAAAGAGUAAAAGAUAUUCUUAUUCAAUCCAAUUCGAUAUUGGAAGCCUUUGGGAAUGCAAAAACAAAUAGAAACGAUAAUUCAUCUCGAUUUGGGAAGUACAUGGAUAUAGAUUUCAAUUUUAAGGGAGAUCCGAUUGGUGGACAUGUUACUAAUUAUUUGUUAGAGAAAUCAAGAGUCGUGUACCAGCAAAAUGGAGAACGUAAUUUUCACUGUUUUUAUCAGUUACUGAAUGGUUGUGGCGAAGCGGAACUAAAUAAGCUCAGACUAGUGAGGGAUCCAGCUGCAUAUUUUUAUGUUGGUGCUGGAAACUGUAACAAAGCAAGUCCAACUGAUAAGAGUGAUUACAAAACGGUGAACUCUGCUAUGACCACCCUUGGAUUCACACAAAACGAAAUACAGACAGUCUGGAAUGUUAUUGCGGGAAUAUUACACCUGGGUAAUAUCACGUUUAAACUCGAGGAGGACAAACUUCAUGUUCAAAACAAAGCUGCUUUAAAUGAUACAGCAAUGUUGCUUUCCAUCAGUCCUCAGGAAUUGAGCACAGCGCUCACACAAAGAGUAAUAGCAGCUGGUGGAGAAGUCAUGCAAAAGACUCACACUUCGAAACAGGCGGAAUUCGGAAGAGAUGCAUUAGCAAAAGCUGUAUACGAGAGAUUGUUCACUGAUAUUGUGUCGCGCGUUAACACCGCUAUCAACGUAAACGAUACGGAGAUCUAUAAAAGAUAUAGAACCGUGAUCGGAGUACUCGAUAUAUAUGGAUUUGAAAUUUUUGAUAUCAACAGCUUCGAGCAAUUUUGUAUCAAUUAUUGCAAUGAAAAGUUACAACAGCUAUUCAUUGAACUGGUGUUGAAACAAGAACAAGAAGAAUAUGAGAAAGAAGGUAUAGCAUGGCAAACUAUUGAGUAUUUCAACAAUCAAAUAAUCUGCGAUUUAGUAGAACAGCCUCAUAAAGGAGUAAUAGCUAUUAUGGACGAGGCUUGCAUAAAUGUUGGCAAAGUUACAGAUGAAAUGCUUUUGGAGAGUAUGGAUCGAAAAUUGAUAAAUCACGUGCAUUAUUCUUCUAGACAAUUGAAGCCAAUGGACAAAGAACUUCAACAUAAAACUCAGUUCAAGAUUAAACACUAUGCCGGAGAUGUGAUAUACAGUAUUCAUGGCUUUUUAGAUAAAAAUAAAGAUACACUGUUUCAGGACUUUAAACGAUUGCUGUACAAGAGUAGCAAUCCUAUAAUCAGCAAAAUGUGGCCUGAAGGAGCUCAAAAUAUUUUAGCGACAACGAAAAGACCUUUAACAGCUGGAACACUUUUCCGCAAUUCCAUGAUAGCUCUGGUUAAGAAUUUAACUAGCAAAGAACCGUACUACGUAAGAUGUAUAAAGCCAAAUGAAGUUAAGUCGCCAGUCGUGUUCGACGAGGAAAGAGUAACUCAUCAAGUACGAUACUUGGGUCUGGUCGAGAACGUGUUGGUCAGACGGGCUGGUUUCGCAUACCGUCAACGAUACGAUACAUUCUUAAAACGGUAUAAAAUGAUAUCCCAAUAUACUUGGCCAAAUUUUAGAGACGGUAGCGAUAAAGACGGCGUUCGUACUUUAUUGGACGACCAAGGUUUCGGCAACGACGUUAAAUACGGCCAUACCAAAAUAUUCAUUCGAUCGCCUCGAACGCUUUUUGCAUUAGAAAAGGCGCGUAGCGACUUGAUACCUGGUAUUGUGAUACUGUUGCAAAAGCAAUGGAGAGGAUACUUGUGCCGGCAAAAGUAUAAAAAGAUGAAAGCAGCGCUGAUCAUAAUGAAACAUUACCGAAGGUACAAAGUACGUACUUACAUCAAAGAGUUCGAGAAGAUUUACCGCGACGCAAAGAAUAUGCGAGAUUACGGCAAACGCUUGACUUGGCCCCGUGAAAAUUUCGCUGUGAGACACUCGCUUCAUUACUUAAGAAUGAUGUACGAGAGAUGGUGGGCGUGGAUGAUUCUGAGACACAUUCCUAGAGAAGAUUGGCCCCAAUUACGACUGAAGAUGGCUGCUGGUGUGGUUCUGCGAUCGAAACGACAACAUUGGGGACAAGACAGACGCUGGGAAGGAAAUUAUUUAUCCAAAUCGGACGAGAAUCCACAUUACAGUACCUUUAAUUCCUCGAUAAAUAAUCUACGGAACACCGACCGCUUUAAGACCGUUUUGUUCAGUGCAUUUAUUAAAAAGACGAACAGGUUUAAUAAACCGAAAGAUCGUGUAUUAGUAGUGACUGAGCACACGAUAUACAAGCUUGAUAGCUCGAAGUUCAAGAGUUUGAGGAAAGGUAUACCAAUAGCCGAAAUUACAGGGUUGAGCGUAUCUCCUGGAAAAGACCAACUAAUAACGAUUCAUUCCAAUCGAGGAAACGACUUCAUUAUGUCAAUUAUCGCGAAAGAUGACAGAGUGGGAGAACUCGUUGGAAUUUUAAGUAACAGAUAUAUACAAUUACGCUCGGCUGAUUUACAAGUUACAGUCGACACAAAAUUUAAAUGUAUGCUAGGAAAUAAAAGUAAAGUAUUACGGGUAGAGGUGCUACCGGAAGUGCAUGAGCCGACGUUUAAAAAGGAUGGAGAUAAUAUUGUAUAUGCUAUUCCACCAUCGAUCGGGAUCAUCGUUGGAGGUGCCAAUACGAGGUUUAGGACGGCUAGUUAGGAUGACACCGAAACUGCCUUAAUUCAGUCGUCUCUCACAAUUAUUACAGAUCAAUUAUCAGACAAACAUAUUUACAGGCUUCAUUCUCGCGUUUUGCGAGUUUUCUUAUGCAUUUAUUAAUGUACAAAUAAUAUUUUUACUCGUAAGAUUGCAUAGCCAUGAACAGCUUAAAAGAGUUACUACUGCUGUAAAUAAUGACCGAGACAAUCAAACGACGGUUCACUGUGAGAAGAAUCUACCAAAACGAGUUCUUUGUAAAUACGUUUACGAACGAAAAAAAGCGGUUUAAUUCGCAAAUAGCGAACGCGCUAUUUAUGUGAAUAAUUUGUAAAUUAUAAAAUUGGAGUCGUCGCGUAGCCUAAGAAACUGAAAACAGUAUUGCCUUGAAAGGUAAUUAAUUAUCUAAUACGGUAGCCUUAAAUAACUACGAUAUGGCCUUUUACUUAAAACUAUUCUUGAAAUAUAUUUUUACACUAUCAUUGAAAUUUGAUAUACUACACGAAACUAGGAUGAGACUUUGUAAAAUACAAUUUAUAUUUAUUUGAAAGCUGCUAUAUUAAGAGUCGCGACGUUUAUUAAGAGUGAUCUCUAUAUAGUUUAUCACGUGCAUUUAAAAUCUUUUAAUAAUGUUGAAGAUAUGUAAUAUCUAAAUAUAUAUGUAUAGAAACGGCAGAUGAGAGUGAUAGUAAUACUUUAUAUCUGAAAAAAAAUUUUUAAACGCUAUAUACACGUUGUAAAAUGGUGCCAUUGUUGAGAAAUAAACUGAUGUUUUUACGUCUUCGA